CGUACUAUAGACCCAAAGUGGUCGGACCCUUCCCUGGACCCUGCGCAAGCGGGAGCUACAUGCACCAGGUUGCCCUAAAUCUGGGAAGCUUGAUAAGGCUAUGCUCAUCUUCAAUGAAAUGCAGAAACAAGGAGUGAGUCCAAAUGCAGUCACAUAUUCAACCGUAAUAGAUGCAUUUUGCAAAAAGGGUAGGUUGGAUGAUGCUGUGAUAAAGUUUAAUCAGAUGAUUGAUACAGGAGUACGACCGGACGCGGCUGUUUAUAGUUCCCUAAUCCAGGGAUUUUGUACACAUGGAGAUUUGGUGAAAGCAAAGGAAUUGCUUACUGAAAUGAUGAACAAAGGUAUACCUCCUCCUGAUAUUAAGUUCUUCAGUUCAAUCAUGCAGAACCUAUGCACAGAAGGAAGGGUAACAGAAGCACGGGAUGUCCUUGGCUUGAUAGCGCACAUAGGUAUGAGGCCUAAUGUUUGCACAUUUAAUAUACUGAUCGGUGGAUACUGCCUAGUCGGCAAGAUGGAGGAUGCCUCAAAAAUAUUUGAUGAUAUGAUGUCAUAUGGCUUAGAACCUUCUAAUAUUACGUAUGGUAUACUUAUUAAUGGCUAUUGCAAAAACUUAAGGAUUGACGAUGGGCUGAUUCUGUUCAAAGAAAUGUUGCGCAAGGGACUUAAACCUACAACUUUUAAUUACAACGUCAUACUGGAUGGAUUAUUUCUGGCUGGACGAACUGUUUCUGCAAAGGAAAAGUUUGAUGAGAUGGUUGAAUCUGGAGUAAGUGUGUGCAUUGAUACAUAUUCGAUAGUUCUUGGUGGACUUUGUAGAAAUAAUUGUAGCGGCGAAGCAAUCACGCUAUUCCAGAAAUUAAGCACAAUGGAUGUGAAAUUCAAUAUUACAAUUGUCAAUAUAAUGAUUGAUGCCUUCUACAGGGUUCAGCGAAACCAAGAAGCCAAGGAUUUGUUUGCUGCAGUAUCAGCCAAUGGUUUGGUGGCUAAUGUCUUUACCUACACCAUAAUGAUGAAAAAUCUUAUAAAAGAAGGGUCAGUGGAAGAAGCUGACGAUCUCUUUUUAUCAAUGGAGAAGAGCGGCUGUACUGCUGACUCUUAUAUGUUAAAUCUUAUCGUCAGAAUGUUACUGGAAAAAGGAGAGCUAGUCAAGGCUGGGAAUUAUAUGUCUAAAGUUGAUGCAAAGAGCUACUCACUUGAAGCUGAAACCGUUUCGCUGCUUAUCUCUCUCUUUUCAGGGAAAGGGAAAUAUAGAGACCACAUAGGAUUGCUCCCUACAAAGUACCGGUUUCAUGAAGAAGCAGCCACAGUUUAGUUUGAUACAUGGUAAACUUUAGUUGUUGCUUGCCUAGGCCUGCCAAAGUAUCCUUCUGCUUGUACAACAAAUGCAUUUCCUAUAUGUAAGAAGAAAUUCAGUAUAGAAGAAGCUAUCAGGAUGACGCAAGGAGUACAAAUCAAACGUGCCCAGAACAGAAGACAGACCUAGGCCUACCAAAACAAAGCUGAAUCCAAAUUUUAACAGAAGAAGCAGCAAAAAACUGAAGAUGUGCAGUAUGCUAGCCAAACACCUACGGGAGAGCGACAGGUGGUCGAGCCGUUCACUCCUGCCAGUAUCCAUGGCUUGGCCUCGCAUGGAAUCGAGUCAACCAGUCCCUGGCGGUUUCAGGUGGCUCCACUGAAGAUGCUUUCAUUUCUCUGAAAUUUACUGCAAAACUGUUUUUUUUUUCCGUUCUCGGCAACUUUGAAUUUCAGAGACAUAAAUGUACCAAGCAUUACAAGGAACAACAUGAGCAGGGGAGAAGAAAGGACAUGUGUACAGAGAGCCUUACACGUAUGCGCUGGAGACACAGCAUUGCAGUCUGCACAAGUCUGCAUCUUUUGUGCUUGUGCAGUAUUUUUUGCACAUGUUCUCUGGAUACAGUUGCAGCAGUGUUAAGGGUGAUUUUUUUUUUGUGUAACCUGGCAUAAAUUAUGAGGUGUAGUGGUUAUGUUUAGAGCAUGGCUCCAAUUCUUCUUCUAGAUGCAGAUUCUGUUCGCUGUGCUGUGUUUUUGGCUUUUUGCGCAAAUCACAAACUGAAGCAGAUCAAUAUUCUGAGCUGAUAUGGCCCCUUUCCUGAAGAAAAUUAACUGCUGCAAAGUUUCUUGUGUGCGGUCC